AUGGAUGAUGAUGAUGAUGGUCUAGGUGAUAAUAUUGAGAAAGCACAUAGAGAGGAUGCUAUUCGAUUGGAAGGAACUGGUGACUUUGAGGAGGAAUCUAAUUUUCAUAAGGACUUGGAUCAAAGAGUUAACAAUGAAAUUCAAGGCACCCAAAGGAUGCGCAAUGAUGGCCCAGCAAUAGAACAAAUUCAAGGUAAAAAAGGUAAAAGGGUAGACAUGUCAAGCAAGCAAGGUAAAAAGGAUAACAAGGCAAAAAGAAUGAAGAUGCAAUCUAGUGGUUCGGUUAAGUUAUCGGAACAAAUUGAUAGACUAGUUACAACAGUUGAGAGUAGAGGUACUAUUACUUCUAAGAGGAAUGAUUUACCUGGAUAUAUGGAUAUUGAUGUGCAAAAUAAUAUUAAUGAUGAAGAGGAGGAAGCAUUGAAUGCUCUUGAUAAUGAUGAGGAUGAUGAUGAAACUUGGCAACUAGUAAUAGCAACUCCUAUAGAUCCUGAGUUCAGUGUCACGCCACCAGAGAUUUUAAAUGAUAGAAGAUACAUGCCUCAUUUUAAGGAAGGAACAACGCACGAUUUAAGAAUUUUCUUAGCAGCUAUUAAUGAUCCAGUUAUUAAAUUUCCAAAACCCCCUGAAGGAAAAUAUUAUUUGGUUGACUCUGGAUAUCCAAAUAUGAAGGUUUAUCUUAAACCUUAUAAAGAUACGAGAUAUCAUUUACCAUAUUUUAGACGUGGUCAACCACCAUCAAGACAAGAAGAAAUUUUUAAUCGUGCACAUUCUUCAUUGCGAAGUGUAAUUGAAAAGACAUUUGGGGCAUGA